AUAGAUAACCAGCGCGUUACUGGUUCAACCACGCUAGCACGCCCCAGAAGGCAAACGCUGCUGGCGAGUUGUCUAUCAUAUCGUAACAUUAUUUAUUUAUUUGUAAGUCACACAAAUAGUUUUAUUUACAUUUAUUAAAUUAUUCAUUCAGGUAUAGUGUAUAAAAACUUUCCUACUAGUGUGGAGUGUAUUUGAAGUGUGUUAAGUUCGUAUUAUGAUAAAAAGAUGGUGAAUCCAAAAUAUUUUAUGGUUUUUGUGAUUAUAUGCAUGUUUUUUUUAUUAAAAUUUUUCUAUGAUAUGGACUAUUCUGUGGAAGCUAUGGACUUGCAGAAUUCAAAACGAUUAAAUGUUUCAUUAAAACAUAUACUGGUUUGGACAUCACUUGAAACUGAUCCGAUGUUUAAUUUAAAAAUAGCUAGAAAAGCAUUUAUUGAGAGGGCAUGCCCUGUAACGAACUGUUUUGUGACGGGAAACAGAGAGUUGUUGCAAAACAUGUCGGAGUUCGACGUGAUAGUGUUUCAUGCUCCAGAAUUUGUACAGAAGGGCGUGCGGGAGUUACCACAGAUACGUAAGCCGCACCAGAAAUAUAUAUUCGCAAGUAUGGAGUCCGCAGCAUAUUAUCCAAUCUGUAAUGAGAAAUUCCUCAAUUUUUUCAAUUGGACAUGGACUUACAAAUUAAACUCUGAUCGAAACUAUGCUUAUAUAUCUGUGUGGGACAAGAAUGGACAUGUUAUAGGACCUAAACAAGAAAUGCAUUGGAUGAAGGUGGAGGACAUGUUGCCAAUAAAUGACACAUUGAAGGCAAUAUUGAGUAACAAGACGAUAGCAGCUGCGUGGUUCGUGUCGAACUGUAAUGCACCAAGUGGAAGAACCUCAGUUGCCAAAAAGCUACAAGCUGAACUACAGAAGUAUGGCAUGCAGUUGGACAUAUAUGGUAAAUGUGGAACGAUGCAGUGUCCAAGAUCCAGUAUGGAUGAGUGCUUGCGCAAAUUGAGGACUGAUUACUAUUUUUACUUGUCCUUUGAGAAUUCGUUCUCGGAAGACUACGUGACGGAGAAGCUGUUGCAUGCACUCGACAAUUACGCUAUACCGGUGGUGUAUGGUGGCGCGAAUUAUACAAGAUUCAUGCCCGAUGGAAUAUAUUUGUCUGCAAACACGUUAACAAUAAAAGACUUAGCCAAGAAAAUGGUGGAUCUUAUACAAAACAAGGAGUUAUAUUACGAGUACUUCAAAUGGCACAAUCAUUACAUCUACCGGGACGUAGUGGCUUCUGUGACUACGGAUCCUUACUGCAAAUUGUGCGAGGCAAUUAACAAUGAAGAAAUUAUGUCACAAACAACUAUUUACGAAAAUAUUGGAAUGUGGUGGAGCCCCGAGAAGUGCCAAACUAAAACUAAUGGUUCCUCAAACAAGAAGUCAGGCUAACCUACAUAAAUAUUUAGUAGGUCGGUACUAGCUCUGGCAGCGGUUUCGACCGCGGUCACGUGGGAUAAAGUAGCCUAUGGGAUAUUCCAAAUCAAUUUAAUUCUGAUCUCUUCAGCUGUUAUGAAAACUAAUUUAAAUUACGUAAUUAAAUACACAAUAGGUAGAUACUAUAAAUAAAUAUCUACCGUACUAAAAUGUAAAAUAAAGACUAACCCUAACUUAGGAAUAACCUACUUACUAAAAAAUAAAAUCUAGACAAACCUACAAUCGAGCGGUUUAAGCUAAUGUCGACCAUCGGCUCUACAGUUUACACUGUAGAUAAAGUCUACUAUGGGUAACCUGUCUUUCGACAAACAUAUUAUUUGCGUUUGGUACACAAUUAGGUUUGUUUUAGUAGUAUAUGUAGUUUUUCGGGUAAGCAGUACCCAGUGUGAUGCCCAGGAUAUUAAAGUAUAAAAUUAUACCAAGUUUUAUCGUAAUCGGAUCGGUAGUUUUUGCAUGAUUCUUAAACACACAGGCAGAAAGACAAACAGCAUGUUUUUAUGGGUUCGGUGUCAUGAUAAAUGAUGUUUACUUUUGUGAAUAGGUUACAAGGUAACACUUUUACACUAACUAAAUGUCCACAGUCCAAAUGUCUAAAUCCCACACAUUUUUUUUUUAUAUUUUCAAUGUACAGAAUUAACACUACUACACUUUUAUUAUAUUAUUAUAUAGGUAGAUAUAGAUUUAAUUUAUUUAUGUUUUUGUUAUCUUCUAAUGAAGUUUAAGUAUAAUACUCGUACUCGUAAGUAUACCUACUCACAAAACAAAAUAUAUUUUUUCGUAAAAAUAAAAAUAUGUACU